AUGCACCCUUGUAGUAUCGUAGCAUCAUUACUCAUCAUUACCCAACAGCCAUUUAACACGGUCCGUGCAGCAUGUCUGAGUAAAGAACAAUUCGUAGCCUCUUUGGAUCAAAAGAGAACUUUGGUGUUCGAGGCUGUUUUACUUCAGAACACUGCUGGAUUGCCCCACUCUGAUGGCUUCCAAGCUUAUGUGCAAAUCACUAAAGUUAUUCAGCAACCAGGAAUUGGUUGGCAUCUGACGCCUGGAAGUGUAGCCAAAAUUAAAGGAAUUAGGCCUCGUUCGGUGGACUACACACUCUGUCUACCUCAGCCUGUUAAUGGUGAAACUUAUUUGUGGGUGACCUGGAGUAAUACUAGGGGUAUUCAAAACACCGAAGGUGCUUUAAUGUUUUAUCCUGGAGGACUGUUUUACUUGGAAACGACGAAGCAAAACAAACUGAUAGCUGGUCAGGGUCCCAGUCCGGACGCCAAUCGAACUAGAACACCAAACGCAACCAUCUCAGGUUACGAUCUGCUGCAACAUGAUGCACCGAGGCAAUCUUCGAUGUACGGGCUGCAUGCCACCAAUUCACUUGGUGUAAUCAAUUCGGGUGUGUGUGACGUAACACCAUGCCCGAUUGAGCAUCGCCCAGUGUGCGGCACAGAUGGGGUGCUUUAUCUGAACAAGUGUUUACUAGAACAAGAGGCUUGCAAGAAAAAGCGUGGCCCAAUCGGUGAUGGAUCUGCGUUUGUCUCCGUUCGUAUCGACUAUUCUGGCAAAUGCAUGCAGCAGAACAAUGGGGAUAAGCCUGACCAAAGAUUCACACUAUGUGAAUUCGGUAACCUUUGUGCUUUCGGCGCUGUGUGUUCUACAAGAUCCGAUGAAACAGUCAAAUCAGUCAAGCUGCCUACGGUUAGCUGUAUCUGCAAAGGAUUUAAAUGUGAAUCCGAAACGCCCGAUCCAAUCUGUGCGAAUGACGGAAAGACGUACGCGAACCAAUGUUACAGAUUGCUUGCAAGCUGUUUGAAGCAAACGCCCCUGAAGGUUCUCUACAACGGAACAUGUAAAGGUAAAUCCGUAUUACCUUGAUUUGCG